UUCAGGUUUUUUUUUUCUUCUUCAGAGGUUUAACGUGAAGGCUUUGAGAACCCAGAGCCUGAAGGCAGGUGCUUCACAGCAAGGAACAAGACAGUGAUGGGGCCACUCCUCUUGUGCCUCUGGGGGCUCCUUGGGAGUGGAGCACUGGCAGCCUGGGCUGCAGAUCCCAGGCACCAUGGGGGCUACCCACAGGGGGACUAUGGCCCCAGCCCCUACCCCCCCAGAAGCCCCAGCCCUCCCAGAACUGGGAAGCAGGAGGCUGGGGUCCCCUUUCCCUUGCCUCUGAUUCCUCCCCACCAGGCUGAGGAUGGACCCAAGGAUCCCUGGAGAAGUAAUUGGUGCCCCUACCGGCAGUCCAGGCUGGUCACCUUUGUAGCCUCCUGCAAAACUGAGAAGUUCUUUGUCCAUUCUCAGCAGCCCUGUCCUCCUGGAACUCCUGAUUGUCAGGUCAAAGUCAUGUACCGGAUCUCCCUGAAGCCAGUGUACCAGGUGAAACAGAAAGUCCACACCUCUGUAGUCUGGAAGUGCUGUCCUGGUUACACUGGGGCUGACUGCCAACAUUAUGACUCUUCACUGAUUUCAAAAAUGGAUGACCAGAGUAAAGGGAAGGAGAAUCCUUGGGAAGAGGCCCUGGAACAUAAAACUGCCCCUCUUUCCAGAGAACCCAUGGAAUUACGGAGAACAACUGAACAACAGGAGAGCCUCUUGGAAGACCUUCAGAAUGAUAUCCAUCAGGCAACCAGCGACCUUCUGGAUCUGCAAAAUUCCCUGGAAAGUAACCAUACAACCAAAGAAAUAAAGGCAAAUCUAACUGGACUUGGGUCUGUGGAACAAUCCCUUCAGCAGGUCCUCCUGCCCCAUGUGGAGACCUUCCUGAAAAAUCACUUCAGCCCCAUCUGGAGAAGCUUCAAUGAAAGCCUCCACAACCUCUCUCAUAUGCUGAGGAACCUAUCGCGUGACGUGGAGGCCAAUCGCCAGAAUAUUGAGAGAUUCCAAGAGAUCGCUGUGGCCAAAGCAGAUUUCCAGGACCUGGGCACCAAGUUCGAAUCCAAAGUCCAAGAAAACAUUCUAAAAGUCAACCAGCUUCGGCAAGACAUUGACAGUCAGCUGCAUGACCAGCAGCUUGCCUUGAACCACAACUUGUCUGUGAUCAAGGCAGACACAGAUUUGAAGGUGAAGAAGAUCCAGAAGACCCAGGAAAUCCACCUGCUACUGGCCAAUGCCAGCACGGUAGACUACAAGGAAGAACAGGAGGACCUACAGGUCAAGCUGGGACAGCUGCAGAGCAAUCUUUCUGAGCUGUCCUUUGCCUCUGGUAAGAGAGAAGAUGAAGUCCUGAGUGCCCUCAGGCAAUUCAACGAGACCCUUGCCAAGCAUGAGGAAGAAAUCAAAGAACUCUUCAUGGAUUCUGAUGAGAACUUUGAGCUUGGCACCAGGCUAGAAAGGCAGGUAAACACUAUGCAAAACAACAAGGCCAUGAUCGAGGAACUCAGGGUCAUCUUGAUGGAGAAGUCCCUCAUCAUGGAGGAGACCAAAGAAGACUUUGAGAGGCAGAUCCUAGAUCUGAACUAUACCCUGCAUCACCUGCAGGGGAGCCACUCAGACCUGAUGAAAUACGUGAAGGACUGCAAUUGUCAAAAGCUCUACUUUGACCUGAGCCUCCUCCGGGAGGACCAGAGAAAUGCCACUCGUUUUCUGGAAGAAACCCACUUGACGCUGGAGGACCAGAAGAUGCUAGAGAGCUCUUCGAUCAAGGCCCUGCGCAAUGCCGUGGAGGACCUCGCCUUGUCUGUGGAUGCUCAGAAGGAGGAGAUCACCCGGGCCAAGGUGAGCCUAGCCUCACUCAAGGGCCAGGUGCAAGCGCUGGUGGGGGAGGUGGAUGGACUAAAGAGAGUGGACAGGCAUGUCUUCAGGGAAAUCCGCCACCUUAACAAUUCCUUCAACUCCCUCUUGGAAGAUGCCUUGAAGCACCAGACUGUGCUGACCACCCUAUUUGGAGAAGAAAUGUUGGAGGAGAUAACUGAAGAGGAGAAUGCCAGGUUGCCUUUGAGCUACCUUCAGAUUGAAGAUGCCCUGGAUUAUACAUCAAACAGACUGAAAGAGCAUACUGUGGACCUGAUGGCACUCAGAGAGAGGGUAGAUUUGCUAGAGAGUGUUGACGAAGGUGGGCCACUGGACUCCGGGCAGGCCAAGGCAGGAGCUCUGAGCAGGGUAGAACACCUGGAACCCAACCAUGAAGCCUCAGAUGGAGGUGGCCUCCAAGAAAAUGACCUGGCCAACCUGAAGAGUGAGAUCACACACCUGAGCAUUCAGAUGGAGAAAUAUGAGUCCCAGAUAAGGCAUAGCCAAGGGUGCUGCCAUCCUGAUGGCAUACUGCCCCUCAACCUAUCUGUGGAGAGCCUCCAGAGUGAUGUCAAGGCCAUGAAGCAGGACGUGGGCCAACAUCUCCAGCUGUUCCAGAGCCUGUUUGGCAACUACAGAGAGCUGGUGGCCACCAACGUCAGCCUGGACCUGGGGAAGGUUCAGUCUGUCCUCAGAAAAAAGGAAAAGAAGCAACACAGAGAAGAGGAGUCUCACCGAAAGAGGGACAAGAAACAAGUAGAGAAAUGGGGAGAGCCGCCAUUCCCUGGGAGUGGGAGGAUUGACCAGGCCCCCAAGUUCCUUGGGGAAGAACCCUCCGUGGCCUUCUAUGCUGGAUUUCCCCAAGGGACCCACGGCCUUCGGCGGCCAGUGAAGUUCAAUGCCACUUACCUGAACGUCGGGGGCGGCUACUUCCCAGAGCACGGCUUCUUCCGAGCCCCAGAGCGCGGAGUCUACCUGAUUACUGUGACCGCCGAGUUCGGCCCAGGGCUAGGCGAGGGUCAGCUAGUGCUUGGGGGCCGACUCAGGACGUCGGUCUCUAGCGGCUCCGAGGAUCCCACGGCCGCUGGAGGUAGCACCGCGGCCACCUUGGCAGUGGCCGAGCUGCAGAAAGGGGAGAGGGUGUGGUUCGAGCUCACGAAGGGCUCCCUGGCAAGGAGGGAGCCCAGCGGGAGCGCGCUGGGCGGCUUCCUGGUGUUUAAGACUUGAACCCAGAGCCACCACGUUGUUUCUUCUUCCCAAAGAGGCUAUAAAUGGCUGGACCGUGAUUUCUAUAGCACCACUGUGUUAUCGCUACAUACUCCCUGGAAGCCUUUAGCUAAAGCACAUUUGGUGCUCAAGCUUCAUGCUCUGGGUCCUCUGGGUUCAGCUUUUUCCCGAGGAUGAGAAAACUCCCAGGGAGUCUGGAGUGCUUCCCUCUGGCCUUAGGACCUGAGGCCGGCUAUUGUUGAAAGACUCUGCCUUGAGGACUGGGUAGGUCCAAACCUGGAGUUUGGCUAAAGCCUAAAGCAAGAUUUGAAGAACCUCGGUUGGGGGGGAGGGAGGGAAGGGGCUGCCCUUCACCCCCUCCGGGGUCACUCAGUACUUAGGGGGACUCUUCACCUUUUCUGAGACUAGCAAUUGCUCUAGAACUCUUCAAACCUCUUCCUCCCCUUGGUUUCUUUUCCAUUCCUUUUCUACCUCUCUUGAGGUUCACCCCAUGGGAAAAGACCUCAGCUGUCCAGUCAAGUCAAACCACACAGGGUGCUAAGUAAUAAGGAUUCAAAGAAAGGGAAAAACAGUGCUUCUGCCCCUGAGGAGGUCAUGUUCUUAUGCUGGAAACAUCAAGGUAAGCUCGAGGACUUGGACUGCUCAAGAAAAUGGCAGCUCUUUUUGUGGUGGCUGAGAAUUGGAUAUCAAAAGGAUGCCUGUCAACUGCAGAAUGGCUAAAGAGGCUGUGGUAUAUGAUUGUAAUGCAAUAUUAUUGUGCUGUAAGAAAUGACGAGCAGGACGAUUUCAGAAAAACCUGGA